AUCCGAAGUGUGUCCCCUAUCAUUCGAUCAGGACUCGGGCGAGCAAUUUAUGGAUGCUAGUGCUCUACAGGGAUACCAGAAUCGGCCAGGCAACGAUCCGUUUUCCAAUACGUACAACCCGGGAUGGCGAAAUCAUCCCCACUUCUCUUGGUCAAACAACACGAACACCCUCCAACCACCCCGUCCGAAUUUCACCCAGCAACAACCUCAACCCAACUUUGUGCCACGUCCGAACUACCAACCUCAGCAGCAGCAGCAGCAACAACAAGCACCGGGAGCAGGAUCGAGUUCGACUCCCCAAGACGACAAGCUUGACAAAAUCCUUCAAUUCAUGGCCAAUAGUGAGCAGAGAAAUAUUAAUCAUGAGGCCUCUAUCAAGCGUAUAGAGACACAGCUGGGACAGCUAGCCACUAGGGUCGGGCAUAUGGAGGCCGAAUCCGACAAAGGAAAGUUACCUAGCCAGCCCGAGCAAGCCAAAGCCAUCACGGUACUCAGAAGCGGGAAGGUUGUGGACAACAAGGUGGAGAUGCCCGAGCCCAAGGAGGAGGAGACUCAUUCGGAAAAGAUAAAAGAAGCAGAGCCCGAUAAGGCAACUGACGAGCCGAUGCUACAUAAGUCACCUAAUCCAUAUAAACCGCGCGUUCCCUUUCCAGACCGACUGAGAGACGAGAAGCAAGAAAAGCAGUUCCGGGAUCUUUUCAGCAUGCUCUCCAAGGUGAAUGUCAACUUGCCACUUCUUGAUGUGAUAAAAAAUAUGCCAUCUUAUGGUAAGUUCUUCAAGGACUUGGUGACCAAGAAGAGGAAGUUUGAAGAUGGUGAAAAGGUAGUUGUGUACGAAGCGGCAAGUGCAAUGCAGAACGACUUGCCCAAGAAGGAGCGUGACCCAGGAGGCUUUAUUAUCCAGAUCGCCUUGGGUAACGGGAAGGUAGCUUCGGGGAUGCUUGACCUCGGAGCCGGAAUUAAUCUUAUGCCCUUCUCGAUUUUUCAGAGGCUUGGCCUUGGGGACUUGAGGCCAACUCGCAUGUGCCUUCAGUUGGCAGACCGUUCCAUCCGGUACCCUAAGGGGAUAGUCGAGGAUGUUCUCGUGAAGGUGGGCAAGCUCAUCAUCCCAGUGGAUUUUGUUGUUUUAGACGUUGGAGAUGUGCACGAGAAUGGGAAGGAUCACACCAUCCUCCUCGGGAGACCCUUCAUGGCAACAACAAACACUCUUAUCGACGUGAAGAACGGAACCCUGAAUAUGACAGUUUUGGGAGAAUCACUGUCUAUUUCUGUUCGAGAGGUUGGGUCCGCAUCCUCGGCCAAUUUUGUAGAAGAGUGUGCCUUCAUUGAUCAAACCGAUCCCUUUAUCGAUGAGAUGGUACUUCAUGAGUUCGAGGAAGU